UCCGACUUCCGCGCUGACGGAAAUAGGAGUUUACGGGAAGCACCCGAACGCAGCACGACAGUACCAGCUCUGAAGCGGCUGAGAGCAGACAAGAUGCAGACCAUAAAGUGUGUGGUGGUGGGUGACGGCGCGGUGGGAAAAACCUGCCUUCUCAUCUCUUACACCACUAACAAGUUUCCCUCUGAGUACGUCCCCACGGUGUUUGAUAACUAUGCGGUGACAGUGAUGAUCGGAGGGGAGCCGUACACUCUGGGACUGUUUGACACUGCAGGUCAGGAGGAUUACGACAGGCUGCGACCCCUCAGCUACCCUCAAACUGACGUCUUCCUCGUCUGUUUCUCCGUCGUAUCGCCUUCUUCCUUUGAGAACGUCAGGGAGAAGUGGGUGCCGGAGAUUUCACACCACUGCCCGCGGACGCCCUUCCUGCUGGUCGGGACUCAGGUGGAUCUGAGAGACGACAGCAACACUCUGGAGAAGUUGGCCAAGAACAAACAGCGAGCCCUGACAUGCGAGAGCGGAGAGAAACUGGCUCGUGAGCUGAAGGCCGUCAAAUACGUGGAGUGUUCAGCUCUCACGCAGAGGGGCCUGAAGAACGUGUUUGAUGAGGCCAUCCUGGCGGCUCUGGAGCCUCCAGACACCAAACCCAAGAAGCGCUGCAUCCUGCUAUAGACGCCACAAGACGAGGAGGAGGAAGAGGAAGAGGAGGAGGAGGAUGAGGACGAGGAGGUGGACGGGGGGUAAAGAGAUGAACCCGGGCGGGA